CGAGAUCGUGCAAUAAAAAUCCUGAUACAAAAUUUCCCCAAAAAACUGGCCCCGAAGCCAAGCUUGGCAAAGUUAAACCGGAAAUUUAUUAAAAUUUAGUAUCCCAAUCAGUGGUUCCUUGUGCGGUCCAAAAACACGAGAACACGAAAGAUUGCCGAGAUUCUCGAAAUCGUGCAAAAACCGGACGAGCAAAAAUCCUGAUUUAAAGGUCCCAUGCCUAUAAAACUAGUUUAGCACGAAGUUUCUCUUCCAAACGAGGAUGGAAUGGUCGCGGAUUAGCGAGGUUGCGCGACUCACCAGUGGUCGCCAGACGGUUGUGAGGCCAACGGACUUCCUACUCGGCCUCAUCGGCUAUUAACUUGGCAGGUUUCUCAGAAUGGACGUCCCAGACGCGACUGGUAGGACUGGUGUGUCUGCUCUCGACCCUUCGCCUCUAUUCUUGCCCUCGUCACCAGACUUGAGCCCCACGAUCUCGUAUAUAUAUAUAUAUAUAUACACAUGUACAUACACGUAUGUGUCUUGCGCAUGGACACGGACAGGUCAAGGAAAGGUUGUAAAGCAUGGAGGAGAUUGACACUUUCCAAGCUAUUGUUGGCGACGCAUACGUACGUGUCGUGUAUUUUCAGGACAGGGAAUGCACUUGGCUGCUCGGACAACGGGCCUCGAAGGACGUGCCUGUUGAAUCGAAUACAGGGAAUUGGGUAAACUUGGCUAGUCGAGGAAUGGGAGGUGUUCGAAAUUGGGAUUCGAUCGGGAAGGGAUUAUUGGGAUAUGAGAAUGAUGGAAAGAAUUAACGAUAAACUUGUCAUCUUCUCUCUUUAUAUAAGAGCAGGAAAAUUAAAUCAAUCAUUGGGAAAUUAUUAAAUAUUAAUUGAUUAACAGCGGUAAAUAUUUUGUGGGUCAUGUAAUUUGAAGCUGGACAAUCGUUAUUUUAGUUCCUUCUGUGGGAAAGAAAAUUGGUUAGGAUCAAAAGGGACGAUUGUGUUUUUCUUCUCCUCAAAAAAAUGCGUCAUCGAGUCAAUUUCCAAGUCACUUUCAUAUUCAAAAAUCUUUCCUAGACGACUACUUAUACCAAAUGAAUCACCCAAUAUAUAUAAUCGGUAACAAGCGUGCGACAGGGACUAACAAUCAUCCAGGAACUUGAAAGGAAAAAUCAAUUUCCCAUGCAUUUAUUUACCGUAUUAAAAUCCUUUUCUUCCUCGCGUGUGGGGUCCUGGUGAAAUAAAAUUCUCGUUAAAAUUCGAAAAGCAAAGAAUACAAGGGUUUUCGGAGGCACGAGAAAGUGAGUCACACAGCUGACGGUUGUGAGAUCAGCACGGUUUCGAGGUCAAGAUACGCGUGUUCAAAAUGCAUCGCGCGCCAUCUUUUUCGUUCACGCGUAUUGAAAGAGGAAAAAGGAUUCCAGUCUUCUUACACGCGUCUUCUUCGAUCGGCUCGCCUCGAAGACGAGUGUUCGCAGGGCUUCCUUGCCUGGCUUUUGUGCAAGACGACUCUUCUUCUCUCUCUGCGCAGGAUGCGGAUGCUUACGGUCACUCAGCGGGAUGCAAACAGAUCUGGCCCAGAUCCGAGCGCUGGUGGAGUCAACGGGGAUGCUGGGUGGGUCUACCUGUCCGUCCUGCGAGAUGCCAUUCGACAAAGGGAAGAAACGUCGAUUGAUCGACUCGUGCGGCCACGAGCGCUGCUAUUCCUGCCUGUUCCGCAGCGAGGCUUGCCCGCUUUGCCUGCGCGCCGAUUUCAACGACGACGAUGGCCUGGAGGGACCCUUCAGGGAGGGGUUCAUCGGCUCCUCGGGGCCUAUGUCCAUCCUCGCGCCCACGGAUGGCUGGAUCGAUGAGUCAUCAACGGUGAACUCUCUCUGCGGCAGCCCCAGACCGCGUACGAAAGUCACCACGAGAGCCAAUCUUCCUUCGAGAGUCAUGCACACCGACGAAAGCGUUUCUUCCUCGGCGAUGGCUAAAGGAUUGAAGAACAAACCACCGGCACUUCCGGAAUCCUCUCAGGGGAAGCAGAAGCUUCAGAUGAUGACGCAGAGUUGUCCAACCCCACCGAAUCAAAGGAAGAGGUUUUUCCUGAAUCCAAAGGUGCUCAGGAGUUCAUUCGUUCCUCAAAGAUCGUCCAGACGAGGGGCAUCGUCUCCCGAACCAGUCGUAAACGACAAUCCUUCCGCCUUGUCAGCUUGGAUGGCCUCGUCUUGGGAGGGGAAGUCUCGAUGGCCGGGUGUAGUGCUGGGGAAAAUCAAAUCGUUGUGGAGCAACAGUCAAGGGACGGCGAACGAUGGGCUGAACCAGCUCAUCGACUCGAGGAACAAAGUCACAGACGACGAAGGAGGUUGCGUGAAGCCAUUGUCCUCGAAGACGAGGAAAUCGUCCCAAUCGGAUCUCCACAUGAGGCUAGGCCUUCUCCUAGGCACGAAUCAUACUCGAGCGAGCAGCAGCGUGGACACGACGGAUCUGCCUGGUGUCUCGAAUCGUUCCAGUGCAGGUGCAUGCCAAUCCAGAGUCCCUAUCCAAGGCCAUGACAGUUCUGCAGCCUCGUUCAGCAGUUUAACGAGCUUCGAAACGCAAACGUUGGCCUCCACGAACACCAGUCCAGUGUCUACAUUGACUGGAACGUCGAGUGAAGCGGAAGCAGCCGCAGCUUUGAGGUGUCCUAUCAAACCUAAGACGAAAGUAAAAGGGAAGAGCAAGUCCAGAGAUUGCGACAGUGCUGGAAGCUUGGCCUCUAUCUCAACCUCGGUGUCCGCAUCCACUUCUAUGUCGAUGUCGAUGUCCGUUUCCGUUUCGGGCCUGUCGAACGGCAGCUCGAGCCCACUCACUCCUAGAAGACAUUCCGUGAACGCCUCGCAACCUGGCCAAAGCGACGAGCUUGGCCAGUUCAAAAACAGACGGUCUUGCGCCAGGAGAUCAGCCAGAACUGGAAACGUCAAAGGUGUUGUCGACACGAAGUUACGUUUCAUACAGCAUCACGGCACGCAGCUGACUCUGAAACCUCUGUUCUUCGAAGUACCUUUAUUAGAAGCCGAUCCAUUGUUCACCGGUCGCCAAUGGCUGCUCCAAGAACUGGAAUCGGUUGUAAACGGGUCCAGCCCUGGAGUUUUGAUCUCUGGAUGUCCUGGAACCGGGAAGACCGCGCUGGUUCUACAGCUGGUUGAGCACAGCUGUUUUGGAAGAAGGCGGGAACAACCUCUUCCAUCGGAAAUCAAUGAGGAGGCUGGAGAAAAAGAGAAAAUAAGUUGCAGCUCAGCUUUGCAUGCUAGUAUUCGUUACACCAACGAGAAGGUUCGAGAACUAGCCUCUCACGUUGUAGCAUAUCACUUCUGUCAAGCGGAUAAUAACAGUACUUGUUUGGUACCAGACUUGAUCCACUCUUUAGCAGCUCAAUUAUGUCAAGCACCUCAACUCAUCUCCUACAGAGAAUAUCUGCUCUCGGAACCUCAUAUACAGGGUUCUCUAUCGCAAAGGGAAUGCACUGUCGAUCCAGAUCUUGCACUAUCUAGAGGUAUAAUCGAACCCUUGUCUACAUUGAAGAAAACAAAUAGACUGCCUGACACCAAUAUGGUGAUUUUAAUCGAUGCUGUCUGCGAAGCAGAGUACCAUAGACCAGACAGAGGCGACACAAUAGCAUCCUUUUUAACGAGGCAUGCUCCAAACUUUCCUAGCUGGUUAAAAAUUGUCUGCACAGUCAGGACACAAUUAUUAGAAUGCGCCAAACAACUACCUUACACCAGGGUCUCCUUAGAUAGAGCCUCAAACGACAACGCCGCAAGUAACGUGACGAGAGAUCUGUCUGAUUACAUUGGAUAUAGAUUAGCUCAGAGUCCUGCUAUUCAAACAAACGUCACUGCGUCGGUGAACGGCAAAGCGGAAUCAUCCUGCAGCGCGAAUCAAACCAGAUUCGCCUCGCAUCUACUAGCUUUAGCUAGAGGUAGCUUUCUCUUCGCGAAAUUGACGCUCGAUCUUAUCGAGAGCGGUCACCUGGUGGCUAAAUCUGCCAGCUAUAAGGUACUGCCAGUCUCCUUGGCGCAAAUUUUCCAGUUGCACUUCAACCUCAGGUUCCCUACAGCAACCUCGUUCGACAAGGUUCAACCUCUAUUAGGCGUUUGCCUAGCUGCUCUGUAUCCUCUAACUUUACCUGAGAUCUUCUACUCGGUGAAUUCUCUGAACACGGACCAUUUCGUUUCAUGGGAGGAUUUUCUACAGAGAUUCAAAAUGCUCUCUGGAUUCCUCGUGAAACGUCUGGACAAUACCUACAUGUUCUUCCAUCCAUCGUUCAGGGAGUGGUUGAUGAGAAGGGACGAGGGCGAAUCGACCAAGUUUCUCUGCGACCUGAGGUUAGGUCACGCGGCCAUCGCGUAUAGGCUCUCCAGACUCCAGGCACCGUUAGACGGCGAUAAAGCUUUAGAAUUGGGUCACCAUAUACUGAAGGCGCACGUUUACAGAGGCGUUGCUCCGUGUUGGCCUUCGCGCGAUCUACAAGCCAUUUGGUUAGCGUCGUCCACGGAAUGCGUCUCCUCCGCGCUGUGCACAUUGAGGAACAUCUACAGUCCGAACGUGAAGGUUUCGAGGUUGCUUUUGCUGGCAGGAGCAUCUCCGAAUCACAUCACGGAAUAUCUGGGCAAUGCUCCAGCUCUUUGCAUGUACGCUCACGAAGGUUCUGUCGAGAUGGUAUCGUUGUUAUUGGAAUUUGGAGCUGAUGUCGAGUUGACGAAUAGCCAGGGAUGCACAGCGCUCUCGUUAGCGGCUGCUCGUGGCCAUUGCGAUGUUGUCAGAAGACUAGCCGCUGCUGGAGCUUCGUUAGGUCACACGGACAUGGCAGGACAGUGUCCCUUGGUUCACGCAGCUAGACACGGAAGACUGUCCGUGGUUGGUUAUCUUUUGGCUUGCGAUUGGGUAGUUCCAACCAACGUGAGUGAAGCCGAAGGAUCUCAAGAAAUAGGUAGAGAAGAGGCUGCUCAGCAAGCUGUGGUCGCCGCAGCGGCUCAAGGUCACGAAUCUAUCGUGGAAUACUUAUUAGACAUGGCCGAAGUGAUCGUAGAUCGUCCUGAUACUUUGAUAGGCGAGACUGCCUUGACUAUCGCUGCUGCAAACGGUUCCACGGCCACAGUUUCGGCAUUGUUGGCUCGAGGAGCGAAUCCAACAGCUGUGAACGCAAAAGGACUGUCUCCUUUGAUGUUAGCUGCAAGAGAGGGGCAUUGGGGUACGGCUGAAAGAUUGCUGCAAGGAACACUCUCGAGCAGCACCGAUACCGUUCUGGACGAUGCAGCAUCUCUCCUAGAUCAACGAGACCCAGCUGAUCGUACUGCACUGAUGCUAGCUGCCUCAGAAGGUCACACAAACUUGAUCGAACUAUUUUUAGACAAAGGAUCCGUGCUAGAGAGUAGAGAUAAAGAAGGAAUGACCGCUCUCUGUUGGGCCUGCGUGAGAGGAAGACUAGCCGCCGUGCAGAACCUUAUUGAUCACGGGGCUGAUGUUAAUACUAACGAUAAUACCGGGAGAACUCCUCUAGAUCUAGCUGCCUUCCAGGGCAAUCCAAAGUUGGUGCAAUUGUUGCUCGAGAAAGGAGCAGCGGUCGAGCACGUCGAUCUCCACGGAAUGCGACCUUUGGACAGAGCGAUCGGAUGUCGAAAUAUACUCGUGGUGCAGUGCUUCCUACGCCGUGGGGCGAAAUUGGGCCCGGCAACCUGGGCGAUGGCCGCUGGAAAACCGGACGUUCUCCUGAUCUUAUUGAACAAACUCCUGGAAGAUGGGAACGUCCUCUACAGAAAGAACAGACUGAAAGAGGCGUCGCAUAGAUACGCGUAUGCGCUACGAAAGUUUCCUGCGUCGCCGGAAGAGGAUUGCCAGGGGCAAGAGCAGGGUCACAUGAUGCUGCAACUCCAGACGUUUGCGCAACUUCGACUGAAUUUCUUGCUCAACCUCAGUCGAUGCAAGCGCAAGAUGAAUGAAUGUGCGGAAGCAAUCGAGCUCGCUGACGAAGCUCUAAAAGUUCGUCCAGUAUCGUACGAAGCAUUUUACGCGAGGGCGAAAGCACGAGUUGAUUCAGACUUCCUGGAGGACGCAUUAUCCGACGUCCAAGAGGCAUUGCAGAUCGCACCACCGCAAAAUCGGCAGGAUCGGCGCGUUCUCGUUACUCUGAAGGAAGAAAUAGUUUCCAGAUUGGAUGGAGUAGGGACCAGCAAAGGAUCGGUUGACUCUACCAGCAGAUCUCGCCUUCGAGCGUCAGUCGACACUCUCACAGAAUUGUAAAAUUAUCUAUUUUUUUGUCUUUCAAAAGACUUUUGAUUGCUCGAAGACGUUUAAGAUAUGCAAAGGCAAUGAUUACAUGCAAGCUCUGAAACAGUUCUUGCAUGCGUAUAUUUAAUUUAUAAGUUGAUUUUUCUUGAACUGAACUCGCGAUUCCUCGAUGAUUUUUUUAAAAAGAUAAUAUGGCUUAGGUUUUGCUUUCAAAAAAUAUUUGGAGGCAAUUCGAAACGUUCAAUCAAAUUCGAAUGAAGUAUUUUGAUUGUUUCCUUUUUUUUUUAUUUUGUUAAUUUAACGAUUCAUUGCGUACGUUGUACGUACUUGAAGAAAUAUUCCUUCCCCAUUGCGUUGCUUGAUUCAUUUUUGACAAUCAGCAAGAAUUUAUAUAUGUUUUUAUUCUUUUCUUUUCUGUGCAAUUGUAUUGCAUGACCGUGUUAGGAUUUUGUACUAUGUCCAAUUCGAUUCCAAAUCGAAUACAGAGUUUAAUAUAUAUACGUUUUUCUAUAUAUAUAUAUAUACACAUAUUAUAUAUAUAUAGUAAAUAUAUAUAUAAGUAUUUAUAUUAUAUUAAAAAAAAUUGAUUUUUUAGUGUCGUUGUAAUUUAAAUGAAAGUUAUUUAAUUGUUUCUUCCUUUCUGUUUCUUUCAGUAUUUUCUUUUUUUUUUUUUUUUUUUUUUUAAAUAUAUCGCCACAAAGAAAAAAAAUGCAAUUUAUAAAAGAGAAUUUUGAUAUUCCAGCGUUAAACUGUCACAGCCUAAUUAAACAUUGGCUGCUAUUUUUCCAUUGCGUGCGAAACGCAACACGCAACGAUCUCGCUGAACGUAUUUAUAAUGCACUCGCUUGCCAAGCAUUUAAUACACUUUUAAUUCCUCUGUAACCCGUCACGAUCGUUUCCGAAUUUUUAUGUUAAUACAAUCCCUGCAAAGUUGUAUGGACUUCGAUUACGAUUACAAUGUUAUUUUGUCUCUGCCUUGGAGCACAGAGGUACGAAAUAAACGAACUUUUUAUCGAAAAAAAAAAAAAAA